AUACACUGGUGUGUUACGACGGCGCAGACUGCCUGCAAAAGGACAGUUGUGACGAAUGCAGCGGGGUCGGCUGCAUGCGGCUGAAAAGUUACAGUACUGAACACCUUCACAAUGUCGCCUUAACUUGUUUACCGUAUGCUACCAGAUCCUAUCAGCUUGAACCAGCCGGUUGCCACGUUUCACUAUCAGGAGAUGGCGAGUACUGCAUAUGUUAUGAUAGUGACUACUGCAAUCAUGUAAAUAGCUCACUUCUUUUUACGUUUAAAUUCAUUCCUGUAGUUAUUGCUAUUGCAUUUAUUGCUGUGUAACA